AUGGAUAAAUAUCAAAAAAUUGAAAAGUUAGGAGAAGGAACGUAUGGUAUUGUUUAUAAAGCACAGAAUCGGGAUUCAAAUGAAGUGGUCGCAUUGAAACGGAUAAGGUUAGAUAAUGAAGAAGAAGGGGUACCAUGUACUGCAAUUCGUGAGAUAUCAUUAUUGAAAGAAUUAAAACAUCCGAAUAUAGUGAGACUUUAUGAUGUCUUACAUACGGAAAAGAAGUUAACGUUAGUUUUUGAAUAUUUGGAUUCGGAUUUAAAGAAAUUCUUAGAUACAUACGGAGGUGAUCUGGAUAAAGACACAAUUAAACAAUUAAUGUAUCAACUUCUGAAGGGUAUCGCAUUUUGUCAUGAACAUCGAGUUUUGCAUAGGGAUCUGAAACCACAGAAUUUACUUAUCAACAAGGUGGUAACGUUAUGGUAUCGUGCACCAGAUGUAUUAAUGGGAUCAAGGCAAUAUUCAACGUCUAUUGAUGUUUGGUCUGCAGGAUGUAUAUUUGCAGUUCUAGGAACUCCAACAGAGGAAACGUGGCCAAGGGUAUCACAAUUGCCGGAAUAUAAAAACGAUUUUGCUAUUUAUAAUCGAAUUCCAUUAGAAUCAAUUCUUCCGAAACUUGAUCCAUCAGGAAUCGAUUUACUAAGUCAGCAGUUAAUAGAAUACCAACCAGAAAAGCGUAUUAGUGCGGAAGAUGCACUUCAACAUCCAUAUUUUGAGGAAAUUCGUAAAAAGGAACAAUCAUCACAAGCAACAUCAUCAUCCGUAUAA